AUGGAAUCCAACGCGUAUCCUCCGCUAGCCAACGUCCACGUCCCAGUUCAAAGUCGUGUUCUGAGCACGUCUUGCUGUCCCGACAAAGAUCUGGUUCUUCUAAUCUCUCGUCUUGGUGGUCUCGAUCGCAUCAGCCUCUGGAACUCGAACUCCGGCGCCAAGGUCUGGGAGACAGAUGUAGGGGAAGAGGAUGCAACCGUCAACGUCAACGGCAUCGCUUGGAGUCCGGAUGGUUUGCAUACUCGCUUUCCACAAGCUAUCGGCUCGACUGAAUACAACAACUUAGGUCAAACAAUCGCCUGCAUGCUCGACCCACCUCGGGUUUCGCUACACUCCAUCCAGGACGGUCGCAUCGUAACCCGUCUGCCUUUGCAGCUCCCAGCCACGAAACUUAGGAAUCAGCUGGAAGGAAUUUGGUGGUUUUGUCCCCCUCCAAAGCCUGUUCAGAAUUCGAUUAUUCCCGACAUCUUCAAACGAAAUAACAUCAUAACCGGUUCUGCAGAGUCCAUCCUCAAGAACUUGCCUUAUCUUGACCCUCUUCCAGAAGAUUCUGAUAAACUAACCGCAACCAAUCUCUUCGCUUUUCAAGGCUCCCAAACCCGAUCCCACAGCAAGUCCCAGCUUCCCGAGGCAAUCAACACAUGGCCGACUCUUUCUCCCGACUCGAAGGCUGCCGCAGUGGAUUCGACUAUCCAACAUCAAUCCUCUAUCAAGCCCCAAGGAACUCUGGAUGAAAAGGACGACUCCAACCUCAACAGCAUUCUAAUGAUAUCAGACACUCUUGGCAACAUCUAUAGCUUUUUCGACGGCGCUUUUCCUCUCGGUGUGGUUUCUCUAGGCCGAGAAGCGUCCUUUGUGACCGUUGAGAAGUCCAGCCGUGAUUUUAAAUUCUUCGGGCACGCGAAAUUCAACUCUCUUUCAUCUCCAAGAAUACUCAUUGCGCCUACCAUCGUCGACAUGCCUCUCCUUGCUAAUCGGAAUAUCCGUGACCUGGCAAGGCUGUCUUCUAUUGUCCGAGACCUUACAUGGUACAUAAUGCGGGUUGUCAGGGAAAUGAAGGAGGCUUGGUUCGGUAACGAGACCUCGACAGGUGCACGAGAACUAGGCCCUCGCUGGGUAGCCGCGCUCGAGGAGAAGCAGAAAGAGCAAUUCGGGCAGGACUCCGCUGAUCCCAUUCUCGACCUCACCUGGUUGCUUACGACAGGGCGUGCAUCGGAAGCCUUGGCCGAUUUUCUAGGAAGCGGUGAGCAGAUGAGCGAUAGGGGGAUUCAAAAGUGGGAAACUGUGAUGUCAGAUGCUCUGACAAAAUUGAGAGAUUAUUCAGAGAAGCGUCUUGCUCCCGCUUUGCAAAGAGUCCAUUUGGUACUCGAGGAACUCCAAGGCUGGGCUACUAUGUCCCGAUUUUCAGACUUCCAACUCGAUUCCAAGGAGAUCGCGGAUUCAAUCCGAGCUGCUGGCAGGGGCAUCGUGCUCGCCACUUGGCUGGCGGCUGCAGUUCGACGCGAACACUUCCGUUUCAAGGAGUUCAUCAUCUGGCUGCGGUUCGAGAGCACGAACAUCAACGCACAAAAUCCCACCGACAACCAGACGUCUCGCCACGACAUCUUGGAAGUGAAUAACUACUUCGUGUCCGGCCUCACGUCUUCUUCCAUUGAUCUAUGGUUCCAAGGUGAGGUCCCCCAAUUUCGACCGCGCGAUUUGGGCGUGCCCGAGCCACAGAACGACCAAUUGGAGUCUGUGAUGGAGCGCGCUGCCCAAGUGGCAAGAAGUCCGCCUGCCUUGGAGUGGCAAGAGAAUAUUAUGCAAAAUGAUCACAGAGGGGUUCAACGGAACUUGGUGGCAUUGGCCGACCAUUUAGCCACCAGAUGCAGUCGGAUUUUCUCCCUUGCCGCUGGGGCGGCAUCUCGAUCCGCAAGUGUCCAUCAUCACGAGCCGGCAAUCGCAACGACAACGGAACCUAAAAGCAAUAAUCAAUCUGGGCUUGUAUUCCGAGAACGGAUCGCCCAAGAAGCGAAUGAAUUUAUCGAGAACUAUCUUACUAUUGUGAAGGAUCACAACGUUUUGGUUCUCGUCCAAUCUCGUUAUGGUGAUAGCGGCUCGGAUUUGUCUCUUAGAGUUGCCAUAGUCAGUCUCGACUGCGUUUUAGAUCAAGGCAGAACACUGCCUGCAACUAUCCUAGCCGCCGAUUACUUCGAUGAUGAGAGUGUCGUCGUCGUAGUUCGACUUAACAAAGACGCCUGGGUUUCCACUUUCGCCUACGCGAAUUUGGUGUACCUCGAAGUGCCCUACCGUACUGGGGUGACAGCGACGCUCGAAGACCUUGUUCAGAGUGCAAUAAACGAAUGGAAGGCGGGGAAUAUCACAUCUCUUCCCGUCCUUCUGACCCGGCGUCGCGUUUUGAGUGGGUGCCGGCAUGGAGAAGCGGAACUGGCUGUUAAUGGGCGAAGAAACAGGAGAGUGGCAUGCGUCGUAGAUGGGGUUGGAAAUCGGUUGGAGGCCUUUGAUCUUGGAGAUGAGGGUGAGGAAGUGGAGGAGGAAGAGUGA